UUGGACCCCCACACCAGAAUCCAUUGGGAGAGGGAAACAGAGGAAGCUCCUCAGCCCCAACGCCCGCCACGAACAAAACACAGGCCACCCAAGCCACUUCUAAUAUCUAAUGCCGCACUCCGCCUAGCCCCACUGCUGCACCAAGGAGACGAACAUUCAGAGCCCCUAACCGACACCAGAAGCGGAGAAAAACUGGCCAAUGAAGUUCGCCCGCUACCAUCGGCACUAGGUAGACUCGGAGGGGCGCGCAUCGAGACCGAGACAGUGCGGAAAAGAGCCGCCCUCUGGCAGAGGGCCCAGCUACCACUGAGGAGGGCAGCCGGAGAAGAUAAAGAAAGCGCGGCUGAUGUGAGAAGAAACUAG